UAUUGAUGUGGACGUGGUUUUCAAUUAAAUUAGACUAGGCUUUAUGUAUGUGGUCGUGUAGGCCGACAGGGUCUCAGAAUGCUUCCACAUCUCUAAGCCAAACCAAAAACCAAUGCAACUAUCUAACCUACACGCUCUGGGUGUUCGUCUUCCUCUUCUCAAAUUUUUUACACAGACUACACCCUUUCCAGAUCUUCUUAAAUCUCAAUUCUACAGCUUUCAAUUUCCACAGAUUUCCAAUCCCACCCCUCAGAUUCAAUUCCCAUUUUAAUUUCAAUUUUUAGGGUUUCACUAAUCACACUGGUGAGUGAAUGCAAAAAAGAAAAGAAAAGAAAACCUUCCUCUUCCAUCACUGUUUGAACAAGUUCGAAAUAUCCAUUCAACUGUCAUAGACUCCAACGCCGAUCAGGUUAGCGAUUUGGGAAACGUAAUUGGGUUGCCGCUACAAAGCGUGUAAAGGGACAUCAAGAUGGAUAAAAGUUGGAUGCAUGAAACUGAUAGAACUAGUACACGAUAUAGUGAAGGUGUUAAGCAGUUCAUUAACAUGGCACGUGAUCAUGCGGAUCGAGUUGGUAGGAUUAAGUGUCCAUGUCGUAAAUGCACAAAUCGAUAUUAUCAACAUAUAGACGCGGUGGAGACUCAUUUAAUUUUGAAUAGAUUUGAUUUGAAUUACACUGAAUGGAUAUUUCAUGGGGAAGAAGAUCCGUUUUUUAAACAUGUGCAAGUUGAGCAUAAUGAUAAUAAUUCACAAGCAGAAGACAUUGAUGACGUUGGAGAAAUGUUAGAUGACAUUUAUAGGGGAACAUUUCCAGAUGCAAAUAUAGGUGAAUCCUCCACUUCUCCAGGUCCAUCAAACAAUGAUCACAAAACAAGACCUUUUGAUCAGUUGUGGGAAGAUGCCCAAUGUGAGCUUUAUCUAGGUUGUAAAAAGUUUUCUAAACUCUCUUUUUGUAUGAAGCUGCUCCAUAUAAAGACACUUUGCAAUUGGAGUGAUAAGUCGUUUGAUUUGAUGAUUGACUUGAUAAAGCAGGCACUCCCAGAUGGGGAGUCAUUGCCAAAAUCGUAUUAUGAAGCGAAGCAGUUUAGGCGAGACUUGGGUUUUAGCUAUGAGUUGAUACAUGUAUACAAAAAUGUCUGUACACUUUUUUGGAAGGAACAUGCUGAUAAAGAAGAAUGCCCAAAAUGUCAUACUUCAAGAUGGAAAGAGGACAAUGGUAAUGGUAAAAAAAUUCCUUGGAAGGUCUUAAGGUAUUUUCCAAUUAAACCAAGGUUGCAGCGAUUGUUUAUGUCGAAAGAUAUAGCUAAAGACAUGAGGUGGCACAAAGAUGAGCGACUUGAAGAUGGAGAUUACCUUAGACAUCCUGCCGAUUCAAUAGUGUGGAAAGAGUUUGAUAAAAAACAUGCUUGGUUUGCUGCAGAUUCCUGCAAUGUGCGACUUGGUUUAGCAAGCGAUGGGUUUAAUCCAUUUGGUAACAUGAGUACAUCAUAUAGCAUGUGGCCAGUAGUACUUAUGCCGUAUAAUUUACCUCCAUGGAGGUGUAUGAAGGAUCCAUAUAUGAUUUUGUCCUUACUUAUUCCUGGACGUAAGGCACCUGGAAACAAAGUUGAUGUGUACUUGCAGCCAUUGGUGGAUGAUUUAAAAGAAUUAUGGAAUGAAGGCAUCAAGACGUAUGAUGCAUCAAAGCAACAUUCAUUUAAGUUGCAUGCAGCGUUAUUAUGAACUAUAAAUGAUUUUCUUGCAUAUGCGAACUUAUCUGGGUGGUCUACCAAGGGAAAGUUAGCAUGUCCCAUAUGUAACGAGAAUACAGAGUCGAGUUAUUUGAAGUCUAGCCACAAAUUGUGUUACAUGGGUCAUCGUUGAUUCUUACCUCAGGAGCAUAAUUGGCGCCAGAAAAAAGAAUUUUUUGAUGGAACUGAAGAGCAUAGGAUAGCUCCUAAUGAAUUAUCAGGAGAUCAACUGUUACAACAACUAUUGAAUGUUCCAAAAGUGCAAUUUGGAGAUGAUGAAGCUACAAGAAAAAGAAAGCGCACGAAGAUCGAGUUGAAUUGGACAAAGAAAAGUAUUUUUUUUGAGUUACCUUAUUGGUCAACACUGAAACUGAGACAUAACUUAGAUGUCAUGCAUAUUGAGAAGAAUAUAUGUGACAGUGUCUUAGGUACACUGAUGUAUGAUAGUGGAAAAGGGAAAAAUAAAGAUACUUCUAAAGCACGAAAGGAUUUAGAAGAUAUGGGCAUACGUAAAGAUUUGCACUUACAGAAAAUUGGUACAUCUACAAAAAUGCCACAAGCAAAGUAUACAUUGACAAAAGCUGAGAAUACAAGAUUCUGUGAUUGGCUAAAAAAUGUAAAGUUUCCUGAUGGGUAUGCAUCUAACAUUAGUAGAUGUGUGAACACCAAUGAGGGUACGAUUUCAGGAAUGAAAAGUCAUGAUCUUCAUGUACUCUUACAACGAUUACUUCCUGUUGCAAUUCGUGGAUAUUUCAAUGAUAAUAUACGUACAACAUUGACUGAAUUGUGUUUAUUUUUUAAGGACUUGUGUUCACGAACAUUGAAGUUAGAUGUCUUAAAUCAAAUGAAGGAAGACAUUGUUGUGAUUUUAUGCAAAAUGGAAAUGAUAUUUCCACCUGCUUUUUUCGAUAUAAUGGUACAUCUAGCUCUUCAUUUACCUCGAGAGGCAGAGCUUGCAGGUCCUGUUCAAUUUCGUUGGAUGUAUCCAAUUGAAAGGUUUCUUGGUAAAUUAAAGCGGUUUGUGCGAAACAGAGCACGUCCAGAAGGGUCAAUUGCUGAGGGAUAUUUAUCUAUUGAAUGUUUGACAUUUUGCUCCAUGUAUCUUCGUGAGAUUGAGACAGUAUGGAGUUGUGAGGAGCGGAAUAGCGAUAGGUGCCAGGGGGAAAGGGAUGUAGGCUUGUCUGUUUUUUCACAACCAGUACGUCCUUUAGGAACAACAAAAUAUGUAAGACUUGAUGAUAUGCAUCUCACACGAGCUCGAUGAUAUGUGCUUAGCAAUUGCUCAGAAAUUGAUUCGUAUAAAACUGAGCAUUAUUUGGAGAUCCAGGGAGAAGGCAUCAUUGACAUUGAUCAUAAACAUGAAGUUGAAUUCGAAAAUUGGUUUAAAGAUCAUAUAUGUGGGAGUAAUGCGACAAAUGUGUCAAAAGAAUUAUAUAGUCUUGUAUGCGGAUCUGAUGCUCUAGUUGCAGUUUACCAAGGUUGCAUUGUGAAUGGUGUUAGGUUCCACACAAAAGACCGUGAACAUACUCGUCGUACUCAAAAUAGCGGUGUCUUUGUUUCGGGUGAAGAUGGUGGAACAAAAACUAACUAUUAUGGUGAGUUGAGGAAUGUUUUGGAGCUAACCUAUAUGGGCAAUAAUCGUGUAUAUUUAUUUGAGUGUGAUUGGUGGGACACUAGGAAUGGAACAGGAAUGCAAAGGGAUGAGCAU